ACAAAGGAAAGCAGAGAUCUCCAGUGGACAAAGGAGGCCACGCAGGCCUUCAGCCAGCUGAAGAAUGCCCUCAUGUCACCUCCAGCUCUAGGACUUCCAGACAUGAGUAAGCCAUUCUUUCUAUUGUCCCAUGAGAAGCAAGGGAUCGCCCUGGGAAUACUAGCACAGGACCUGGGCCCAUACCGAUGGGCAGUUGCCUAUUUCUCUAAGCAGCUAGAUGCAGCAGCCAAAGGAUGGCCUGGGUGCCUCAGAGCUGUUGCAGCAGUCGUGCUAAACAUCCAGGAAGCACGCAAAUUCACCUUGGGCCAGAGAAUGACUGUGCUGGUGUCCCACACGGUGUCCGCAGUGCUGGAAGUGAAAGGUGGGCAAUGGCUCUCCCCACAACGGUUCCUGAAAUAUCAAGCCAUCAUGGUAGAACAAGAUGAUGUAGAAAUAGUGGUAACUAACAUUGUCAACCCAGCUUCCUUUCUCAGUGGAAAUCAAGGGGAACCGGUACGCCAUGAUUGCCUGGAGACUAUUGAAGCUACCUACUCCAGCCGCCCGGAUCUAAAGGAUACCCCUUUAGACAACACAGAGACCUGGUUUACUGAUGGAAGCAGAUACAUCAUCAGUGGAAAGCGGCAUGCUGGGUAUGCAGUUACCACCUGCCGCGAGGUGAUAGAAUCUGGAGCCCUGCCAACAAACACCUCUGCGCAGAAGGCUGAAAUAAUCGCCCUAACCCGUGCCUUAGAGAUGGCAAAAGGAAAGAAAAUAAACAUCUAUACCGACUCAAGGUAUGCCUUUGGAGUUGUGCAUGCGCACGGGGCCAUUUGGAAAGAAAGAGGACUGUUAAAUUCGCAUGGAAAGAACAUCAAACAUGCACAAGAAAUAAUGCAGCUGUUAGAAGCAGUCCAGCUACCCGAGAAGGUAGCAAUCAUGCACAUAAGGGCGCAUCAAAAGGUGAGCUCAGAAUUAGAAGAAGGAAAUGAACUGUCGGACAGAGAGGCAAAAGAGGCAGCAAAAGGUGAGGUAACAAUAACUGGAGCCUUGAUCCCAGAUGGACAACUUUCCCUAGAGGGUAAGCCAACAUAUAAUAAAAAAGACAGGAAAUUGAUUAAAGAUGAAAGGGGAGCAUUUAACCAAGAGGGAUGGGCUAUCACUGCAGAAGGAAAAUUGGUUAUUCCCUCUCAUUUGCUAUGGGCCGUAGUUAAAGAGGAAUACCAGAAAACACACUGGGGAACAAAUGCCUUAUAUAACUACUUAAUUGGGAAAAUUAUCGCUAGAAACUUUUACGAAACUGUUGUGCAAGUAACUCAACAGUGGUCAAAAGAGGACUAUCCUAACUGCCCAGGAACUCCUCCUUCAGCCAACUCGCCCUUUCUAGAUGUCAGACAUGACAUCUUCGGGUUCCUCCCACACGACAGGCAGUGGAAGGUAGCAGUCAUUGAUAUAAAGGACUGCUUCUUCCAGAUCCCACUACACCCGGAUGAUGUACCCCGGUUUGCCUUCUCGGUACCUUCCAUCAACCGAAAGGCUCCCAUGCAGCGCUACCACUGGCGAGUUCUGCCGCAAGGCAUGAAAAACUCACCCACCAUCUGCCAGUGGGCUGGCUCGCCUAUUUCGGUGAUGAGUGACGGAGAGAUAUCCGAAGGGGACCCCGCUGACCGGGCUUCAGGGGCGUGUGGUGCUGGAUCUGGAAAAACCCCCCCGGCUCCACAGGCAGAGCCUGUGCCGCCUCACCCUGCACACUCGCAGGACUCCGUGGCCCCCAGGGACCCCGUGCCGGCAGAGGCGGGGGUGUCGGGGGAGCAGGAGGGCGCGCAGUCCGCCUUGCCGCUCGGCUAG